AUGGUCGAAUCGGGUUCAAUCCAUUCCAACCAGAACCAGAGGGUCUGCGAGCUGGAGAAGGCCUUUCGGAGACGCGGGUAUGGUACACCUCUUUUCUCAACUCCUCAGGCUGUGGGACGUCAACUGGGCCGGACGUUUGACGUCAGGCAAGGGCCUCGUGCUACAAUGGGCGGGUAUGCGAGCUAUCCAAAGGAUGCCGAGAAUGCAUGGUUCUAG